CGUAUUAAGAACGGUGUGAACGGCGAGUCUGCGGAGGAGCAGGAGGAAGCGCAGAGGCCGGGUCCUCCUCGAGGGAAGUUCGUCUCCGCCGAUCUCUCCGCCGUGGAGCGCGCUCGCAGACGCCGGGAAGAGGAGGAGAGGAGAGCGCGUGAGGAGAGACUGGCCGCCUGUGCCGAGAAACUCAAAAAACUGGAUGAGAAAUUCGGCAAAACUGAGAAACCCUCACGCCCUGCAGAAGCCGACAGCAAAGAGAUGCUAACGCAGUCGCCAGGUCGAAGGUCAUCCAAACCCCACCAGGAGGGCUGGCAGUACGCCACCAAAGAAGUGUUGGACACACCAGCCGAGUCCUCCAGUCAGGAUUACAAAGAUGAAGGUUGUAAUUACCACAACGAAGACGAUGUUCCUGAGUCCACUUCUCCUCUCCCAGAUUACGGCCGGCACCAGAAACCCGUUCCGCCCCGGUUCCAGAAGCAGCACCAGGACCCGGUGUAUAAGAUGGCCCCGUGGCAGCAGUCGGGUCACGCCACGCAGUCGAGCUCGGCUCUCACACACACGCAGAGAGGCUUCUACCCGCCGCAUGUGCUGGGCUUCGACCCGCGCUGGAUGAUGAUGCCCCCCUACAUGGACCCGCGCCUGGCUCAGGGCUGCUCCCCGGUGGACUUCUACGCUCCGGGGGUGCACUCCGCCGGUCUAGUGAAACCCGUCAUUCAGCAGGAUCACCUGAACAGCCCCGGUUCCACCUCUGACGAAGGCUGCCAUCCCAGCAUGCAUCAGGAGAGGAGGGCACCAUCCACUGAGCCCUACCAAGUGUGGAACCAAGACAGCUACUCGUCAGCGCGCAGUUUCACGCCGCCCUACCAGAGACAGCAUGAGAACGACGAACGUGACGACCGGUCCUGCUCCCGACACGACUCCUAUGAAGACCGAGGUCACGAACUCACGGAAAGUCCAGCGGAGGAACUGAACAAUCAAGGUGGAACCCAUGAAGGGCCUUUAAUACUUAGCAGAACCCAUCCUGGAGAUGCCGAACACAGAGACGUGUCCUCCGUCAGGCACCAGAAAGAACCCGCAGAAUCCCGUGACGAGGCCUUCGACACCAAGGAGAAGAGCUACGACUCCGAUUUCUGGAGGAAAGACGCUAGUGUGAGGAAAGAUGGCGGCUGUCAGGCCCAGUGGUCCGAUCACGGUUCCAGCAGCAGCAGUAGCAUUAGCAUUAGCAUUAGCCAGCCGUCGGAGUCCAGCGGGAGAACGCUUAGGAGGACCGGACCUAUCAAGAAACCUGUGCUGAAGCCGUUGAAGGUUGAGGACAAGGAGAACGAGAAACCCAAAUCUGAGCCUGAGGAGAAGCCCGUCCCAUACAGACUAGAGAAGGAAGUGGUCACUAAUGUCUACGACCUGAAAAAAGACGCCCCGCUCGUGUCUAACAGGCACUCCGCUCCACCUCCCGCAUCUUCCCCCGAGGAAAAACACGCGGAUGCUCCGAAGUUAGAGAAAACAAGAAGUCUGCAUGAAGAUCUGCACAAGGAGAGCUGCUGGGACACCGCUAAGCCUCAGUCUGUGGACUCUUCUGAUAGCAGAGAUGCUCCACGCCGCAACAACUGGAUAUUCAUCGAUGAAGAGCAGGCAUUCGCCGGGGCGAGAGGAACUGGUCGUGGACGUAGCCGCGGGUUUAGAGAGUUUAGCUCUCGCGGUGGCGCUCGUGGCGGACGAGGCGACGCGAACCGUGGAGGCUAUAAUAAUAAUAACAAUACGACAGGAGUGCAGAGACCAGCGCGGGGACGUGGCUCUCGAGAUUUCAGAAGCGAAGAUCUUCAACGAGGAAAACCCCGUCGACGCAACGUUAGCGAGACGCACAGCGAAGCCUCGGAAUACGAAGAGCUUCCCAAACGUCCACGGCAAAAGGUCGCAGAGAACGGAGAGGCUUCGUAUGCGCCACCUGGAGAGGUUAAAAGAGCCGAUCGGGAGUCGUGGAGAUCCAACAAGGUGUACACCGACGAGCAAAGCGGGAACGGCGACAAGGCCAAAUCAACAAGAGUGUUUGGAAGGUCGUUACCGCCUCGGCUCAACGCGGGAUACAACCGUGGGUUCGUCUCGAGGGAUAUUUCCACAUGGAGAGGAAGAGGAACUCAGUUUGGAAGCGGAUCUGCGCAGGAGAACGGAUACAACUUUGGCACGGACUCCUAUUCCAAACGUUCGUCAGAACGCGACCCGCUAAAAUACCCGCCGCCUAAAUUCACCAGUCCUUUUGUAGAGAAUGGCGUCGAGGAUAGAGAGGGAGGCUACUAUAUUGAUAACGAUAACCCCGAUAACCGGCCAAUGAGACGCCGGCGUCCGCCUCGCCAAGAUAAACCGCCACGGUUCCGCCGACUACGCCAAGAACGUGAAGGAGGAGGGCAAUGGAACGGCGAAGAAUAUGUAAACGGAGACUUUGCUAAUCAGUGGCCGGGUCGACCCAAGGAAGAGCACUGGCCGAAUCACUAUUCUGGAGGACGACCGCAAGAGAUCACGGGUCAGAGUCAAGCCGAGGAUUGGGAAACCGGCUCUGAGAACAGUGAUUUCAGCGACUGGAGGGAGAAACGUGGCCCACAUGGCGACUCGCUUGCUGACGCGGGGCACGGGGAACCCGGUUCUGAGAAGAGAGAGCUCUCCAAACGGAGCUUCUCCAGCCAGAGACCAGUCGUCGAGAGACAGAACCGGAAGAGUGAAGUGUGUGUAAUGGAAAACAACAAGAUGACCCGCUCAACAGACACCCAGUCCGGUGCAGGCUCCUCCGGUAGAAACGAGAGCUGGCAGAACGGUGUUGCUUGCAACAGCAAACGAGGUCCAGAGGAAUCGGUCCCGGGCCUGAGCUCGGCAUCUGUGUACGGUGUGGAGCAGAGCGACGACACCAGCGCCGCCGAAGCCACGGGGAAGAUCAUCGAGAAAGACAUGAAACCCAGAAGCAUGAAGGGGGACAUGACAGAACAACUGUCCCAAUAUGACCUGAAUACUUACUCAAUUGAAAGUGAUUCAGGAGCAUCUGUGCCCAGUCCAGAGGUGUACCAGGACGCUCUGUCCAAGAAGCAGCGCCGCCCGCAGGAUGAAGACCGCAGGAGGAAAGAUCAGGGUCCUCCGGGUUCGGUGAAAAACAGAACAAUUGCUUCGAAAAUGCCUCCCCGUUUUGCUAAGAAGCAGGGCAGCAUGUCCCUCGAGCAACCCGAAGAAACGCUCUCCGCCAACAACCUGGGGACUGAGAUCUGGGAGACGAACAGCACGGCUCUGAGUGUCCAGUCGUCAGGCGGAGACUCGUGGACGAAGCAGGUUUCCUACACGGGAAGCGAACCCAAUUCAGAGGACUCAGACGCCGGGCCCGAGCAGAGCAAAGAACACAAGCCCGGGCCCAUCGGCAACGAGCGCUCGCUGAAGAACCGCAAGGGCUCCGAGGGCCUGGAGCGCCUCGAGGGACCCAUAACCCCCGUCAACGGAGUGGACCUUCAUGUGGACGGUGUUCUCCCAGUGCCGCCCAUCGAGUUCGGCGUCAGCGCCAAGGAUUCGGACUUCAGCCUCCCUCCCGGAUCCACACCGGUUCCCGUGUCCAACCCCGUCUCCAAGCUUCAGGACGCGCUCGCUGGCAACGCGGGCCUGACUCAAGCCAUCCCGAUGCUCCGGAGAGACCAUCUCCAGCCGGGAAUAAACCUCAACCCCAUCAGUUUCCCGAGCGCAGACCUCACGCUCAAGAUGGAGUCGGCUCGUAAGGCGUGGGAGAACUCCCAGGCUCUCCCGGAGCAGGGCUCCCCGGGGUCGGGAUCGGGAGCUCAGCCGGCCUGCAGUGUGGGCUCCUCCGUCAGCUACAGCUCCUUCGGUGGCGUGUCGAUGCCGCCCAUGCCCGUGGCGUCUGUCGCGCCCUCUGUCUCCAUGCAAGGCAGUCACAUCCCUCCUCUGUAUCUGGAUGGUCAUGUGUUUCCCAGUCAGCCGCGCCUCGUGCCGCCCUUGACUCAGCAGCCGAGCUACCAGCAGGCCACCGCUCAGCAGAUCCCCAUCUCUCUGCACACGUCUCUGCAGGCUCAGGCUCAGCUGGGUCUACGAGGAGCUCUGCCCGUCUCUCAGUCCCAGGAGAUGUUCAGCUCCAUGCCUCCCUUCAGGUCUCAGGUGUACAUGCACCCGAACCUGUCUCAGCCCAGUCCCAUGGUGCUCUCUGGCGGAGCGCCUCUCAAAGGCCCGUACUCCGCCUUCCCCGGCAUGCAGCCGUCAGACAUGGUGAAGCAGCCGUCAGGAUCCCAUUACCAGCCCAUGAGCGGCAGCCAGCAGCUCGUGUACGACGGCAACAUGAACCAGCCGGCGGGGAUGAGCACCUCUCAGCUCAUGGACUCGCAGCUCAUACAGGUGACGAUGCCCAUGCCCGGGUCUCAGCUGCGCUACGGCUCGGCCCAGCAGCACCUCAUUCUGCCCCAGUCCAUCCAGCUCCAGCAGAACCAGAACCUGUCCGUCGGAGCUCCCCGUCGCAUGAUGCCUCCCGGGUCUCAGCCGCCCAUCAUGAGCAGCAGAGAGCCUUCCCAGAUGGACAUGAAAGGAUUUCAGUUUUCUGACAAGCCCAAUCACUCGCCUGGAAUACCCAGCGGCUCCUACAGGCCCGGUUCGGCCAGUCCCAGUGGGAAAGCCUCGGGCCCCGGAGCCCCUGCGUCGGUCGUGUCUCUGCCAGGACAUUACACACAGCAGGUGUCGGGCCCUCAGGGCAACAUGGUCAUGCACAUGAGACCCCCCUCGAGCGGGCCCUUCCCCAACCCCAUCCAGCGGCCCGUCAUGCAGAUCAACAAGACCGUGAUCAUCCGCUCCCCGCCGUACCCCGGCCAGCGCGAGCCCAACCCUGAGCAUGCUGGGAAGGGCCCUGAGGACGGGAUGAAGGCCGCCAGUGACGCCAAGAACUCUUCAGUGAUUCCCAGAAGGCCACAGGUCAACGCUGCUCGAACCAGAGCCAUCAAACCACAGCCGGUCCCAGUGGAGGAAGGCAAAGCCUGAUUAAUGGACCUCACGAUCACAUGACACGGCUCUCUCUCUCUCUCCAUCUCUCUCUCUCUCUCACCGGACUGACGCACAGGAUCACCAACCCCACUAAUCAAUUGGAAUACAUUAAUAAACAUCACAUAGAGAGAUAUGAAUAUCUAUAUAUAAAUGUAUACUAUAUAUAUAUAAAUAGACACAAUAGGUUUGGACUCUUCUCCGCAGACUUUUCAAGAUCAGCUUUAUUUAUUUACAUUUUGUUUGUCAUUUUUUUCAAGUGAAGAAUAACGGUUUAAAAAAAAGGCAAAUGAACCGCCGGUUCUCUCUCUCUCUCUCUCUGUCUCUAUCUAUCUCUCGAAGUUUGCAAUCAGAAAAACGAGAAGUGCAUCUCUUCUCCCAGCUCAUGCCCCGCCCACAUUGCCAAACCGAGCCAGCUGAUUGGACUCCAGGUUUUGAUUGACAUGAGCAGCUGCAGUGCGAGGCUUUAGUCAUUUUUACUGGGUACCAUGGAGUUUUAACUUCCUUUAAUUUAUAUAUAUAUAUAUAUAUAUAUAUAUAUUAGUAAUCAUGCAUAUUUGCUCUAUUAUUAUUAUUAAAGAACACCUUUUAUUCAAUAAAAAAAGUUUAAACCCAAA